AGGAGAGCGAACUCAUAUAAGUUAGUUAGUUAACAAUAGUCGUCACUUCAUUUCUGAAAGCAUCAUUGAUACAGAAUAAAAAAAACAAUAUGAUGAAUCUAUCCGUACACUUACUCGUUUGUGGAUGUCUUGUGGUAUCAGUUUGUGCACGAACAGUUGAUGUCAACCCUGGUGGUCUGGUUCAACAUUUUAAUCAAGCUGACGGAUCCUCGGUCGCUACUGAUACUGAUGUCUACUCUGGUGGUCUAGUAAAACAUUUUAAUCAAGAUGACCGAUCAUCAUUCGCUCUUGGCCCAGUCGAAGGUUCUAUUGAAGGUUCUAGUGAAGGCUCCUCCUCCGCUGAUGGUUCUGCUGAAGGUUCUAGUGAAGGCUCCUCAUCCGCUGAUGGUUCUUCAGAAGGUUCUAGUGAAGCCUCUUCAUCCGCUGAUGGUUCUUCAGAAGGUUCCAGCGAAGGCUCCUCAUCCGCUGAUGGUUCUUCAGAAGGUUCUAGUGAAGGCUCCUCAUCCGCUGA